AUGUAUCAUGACCUUAAAAAGGUUUAUUGGUGGAACAAUAUGAAGAGGAAUGUAGCAAAUUUUGUAGCAAAGUGUGCAAAUUCAGCAGGUGAAAGCCAAGUAAUAGAUGUCUGUUAUCACGCCAGUAUCAAGAUGGCACCGGUUGAAGCAUUGUAUGGGCGAAGGUGUAAAGGACCUAUUAGUUGGUUUGAACUUAGUGAAGCAGAUUUGUUAGGAGCAGACUUGGUCCAUCGGGCUACAAAGAAAGUUAAGUUGAUUCAGGAGCAUUUGAAAACAGCUCAGAGUAACCAAAAUUCCUAUUCAGACGUAUGGCGUAGAGACUUAGAGUUUCAUGUUGAUGAUUGGGUGUUUCUGAAUGUCUCAUUUAUGAAAUGUGUUAUGAGAUUUGGGAAGAAGGGGGAGCUUAGUCCCUGA